UUACGGGACGCUACUGGAUGAAAUCGAUACGUAAUGGUUUGUGCGGUUUAUGCAGUUAGUGAAUGUACGAAAGUGUGAAGAACCUCAAGAAGCUCAAAAAGCUAGAAAAUUAUAGUGCUCUGCAAAGAAAAGUGGUAUUUUCUCUUAGUGAGGUAUCAAAGUUCAAAUUGUAGUCUGCGGAAUUCCAUCUGGUUGAGUCUCGCAUAGAUAUGAGUAAGAAGACGGAAAAAUCCACUCCAACCUCUGCAGAAGGCGAAGAAGAAUUUUCUGUCGAGAAGGUACUUGAUCGUCGUGUGAGAAACGGCAAAGUAGAGUACUUUUUGAAAUGGAAAGGAUAUUCGAACGACGACAACACUUGGGAACCCGAGGAAAACUUGGACUGCCCAGAUCUCAUUUCAAAAUUCGAAGAAAAUAGGAAGAAGAAAGAGCAAGCGAAGAAGGACGAAAAGAAGAGGAAGCCAAGUACUCCGACCGAAGAUAAAAAGCCAGCCAAGAAGAAACAAAACGACGAAGACAAGAAACCACAAGGUUUUGAUAGGGGUUUGGAGCCGGAACGCAUUAUAGGAGCUACAGACUCAAGCGGGGAGCUUAUGUUCCUAAUGAAAUGGAAAGGGACUGACGAAGCAGAUUUGGUUCCAGCAAAGAAGGCAAACGUUACUUGCCCCCAGAUUGUCAUCCAAUUUUAUGAGGAACGCCUCACUUGGCACAGUUCUACUCAUGAUGAAGAUGACAAAGGGAAGCACUAAAGAUGUUGCUGACACCUCAAGGAAAAGCACAGUGCAUAAUCUUUGAGACAAAGUCUGUGACUCAAGUUUAUAUAAUUAUCAUACACAUUACAAGGGACUGCAUACAAGGUGAAGCAUUUAUGGAAUAACAAUUUUAGAGACACUGGUAAUGUCCUGUGAAAUGUACAAGGACAGACAGGUCAAGUGUGUCAGGUGAGGAAGCUGAGCACAUUCAAUGACCACAUGAACGUUGCCCAGGCAAAUCUUGUACCAUCGCAAGGCAGCCUUCGAGUCUAAGAUCAAAAGUACACAAAAUUCUCCAUUAACACUUGCAUUUGUGUACACAAAAAUUCCAACUCACACAUCACUUGCAAGCAGAUAACACAGCAGACACAGCUUUUACAAUGUAUACAUGGCUGGUGAGGCCAGAUGCCGGUCCUGACUUCUUAUGAAACAUGCGUUUCUUCCCUGAGUUGAUGUUUCAUGCCAGCAGGAAAGUCAUAAGACAUAACUGUUAUGUAUGAUUCUCUGUUUCUGAACAUGAGCAAACAUGCCAAGGAUUACUGUGUGGUGUGAACUGUUACAUGAUCACACAGUUGGAUAGUUAUUUUCUAGAGAGUCAGCAAUGCAGGGAAGCAUUUGGUUAUACAUGUCAUAAAUUAACAUUGAACCACUUUUGAGGAACCUCCAGCCUACAGCAAUCUUCCAAAAACAUGAUGAUCCUCUACAGAGGGCAAAUGUGGUGUGCUAUUUUGUGCACAAAACAUUUUCUGGGAGGUAGAUUGGCAAGGAUGGUCCAACUACUUGAGCACUUUUAUUUUGUAACACUGCAGUUUUGUGUUGCUGCUAGAAGAGCCUUCUGUAACAUUCCCUUCAAUGGAAAGGAAAAUUUAAACAUUUUUGGAAACUGAAAUAUACCUCAAGGCGCAAAUGUGGGCUAUUGAUAUGAAUAACCAAAGAAGCUGACUCACCAUUAAACAACUACAACUCUUAGGAAACUGAUUUAUGCAGGGUAUUUGGUUUGAGAGAAAAAUUGUCACCUUAGCCAGAUCCCUACUUUCUGUGUGAAUGUUUUACAUUUAUGUACAUACCCAGUGAAAUAGCAGCAGCCUUUCUUCUGCAGUUCCACGAUGAAAGCAGUUAGUUUCCAUCAAAUGACAAUCCUACCACACAACCAUCAGCAAGCAGAAUGAAGUACUGUUAUUAUUUUACUGACAGCCUCUUCAUUGCCGAUUGCUGUUUUGCUUUUAAGAAGACUGGGUAAUGCUAAUUUCUUAGCCACUGUUGGGACUAGGUUUAUGCUUGUAAAUUUAGUAGGAAGUGUUUUUUAAUACUAUACUGAAUCAUUAUUUUGCAUCAAUUCAAGAGAUAAAUGUAAUCAGUAGAAGUUUGCUUCAUUCAGGAGUUAUUAAUUAAUGAUAAAAAAAUUACAUGUCCUUAAGAGUUCACAAUCUUGUUGUCUAUUUAUGAAGGGGAAUGACAAAACUGAUGAAAUAAAGACUAUGUAGUUUCCUUCUGACUGUUAAGCAGCUCAUAAGUAUGAUUUUAUAAUUCCUUUCUUUUUGAUCUCUUUUUAAUGAUUUAAAUAUAUCCUAUUAAUUUAAAUUUCGUUAGUAUAUUAUGCAUGCUCACAUGCUCUUCUGAACACUACAAGUAUAUAUGCAAUGAUGUCUGACUUUUUGAUGGCAUAGCUGUUGAAACUGCAGAUGUCUUCGUCCACAUGAAAACCCUUUCCUCAAGAAUGUUUCUUCAGGAAGUUCUGUAAUAUCACAUUAAAGAGUUUCUUCCAUAUUGUAUCAUGCCACUUUCUACCAGCAAGUGUUCUUAUGAAUUAACACACUUAAACUUUGUCAGUAUACAUAUACUUAAAUGCGCUUCAUAUCAGGACUACCUGCCACUUUUUCCAUGCAAGAACAGACACCAUAUGAAACAUGCGCAGGGUAAGCCCCCUGCAAUGAACACUUCCCUGUUUCCUGCUCAGCUUUAUUUAUCUAGUCUACAGUUAUUCAAAAUAAAGUAUGGCUACAUAUCAAAUUGUAAAUACUGAAAUACUGGUUACUGUCCUAUUUACUUGCUUUUGUGAUCAGCCUUAGUAGUUUAUCAUGUCAGCACCACUCACCUCAGAUCCUAAUUUGACUGUAGAGAAUGUUAUUGUUAUAAGACACUUCUAGUUCUGUAUGAGCUGACUAAUAAACUAGACUCCACUUUGAUUACGUCCAUGUUACACUAGAAAUAUGUUGUUCAUAUCAGUUACUGGGAAAAGAUUUGAUGAGAAAUCAGUAACAACUCAUGGUAAAAAAAAAA